GAAAACUUCAACCCAUUCUAAUAUUUAUUAAAUAAAUAAAUAACUUGUCUCACCACCCAAAGACCAAAAUCAUCUAGCCACUCUAUAAAACAUCCUUACCUCAACACUUCUUCUAUCAAAAAAAAAAAAGACACCCUCCACAAAAUAUCAAUUUUCUUCCAAAACAAUGUCUUCAUUAAAACGCAUCGUUUGGUUCCCUAUCUUGGCCAUAGCCAUACAAAUUCUCUCUAUACAUACCGUUUUGUCUCAAAGCCAGAACAAUGCGUUUCUCUUCCACAAGUGCUCAGACAUCGAAGGAAGCUUUACCUCAAAAAGUCUCUACGAGUCAAAUCUCAACAAUCUCUUUAGUCAGCUCUCUUACAAAGUUCCAUCCACCGGUUUUGCCGCCUCCUCCACUGGCAACACUCCAAACAACGUCAACGGUUUGGCCCUUUGCCGCGGUGAUGCCUCCUCCUCUGACUGCCGCUCUUGUCUUGAGACUGCCAUCCCCGAGCUACGUCAGAGAUGUCCGAACAACAAGGCGGGAAUAGUAUGGUAUGACAACUGUCUUGUAAAGUAUUCCUCGACCAAUUUCUUCGGGAAGAUAGAUUUCGAGAACAGGUUCUAUUUGUACAACGUCAAAAAUGUGAGUGAUCCAUCAACAUUCAACUCGCAGACGAAAGCUCUUUUAACCGAGCUGACAAAGAAAGCGACUACUAGAGAUAACCAGAAGCUAUUUGCGACAGGAGAGAAAAAUAUCGGAAAGAAUAAAUUGUACGGACUAGUGCAAUGUACGAGGGACUUGAAGAGUAUUACUUGUAAGGCGUGUUUAAAUGGAAUUAUUGGGGAGCUUCCUAACUGUUGCGACGGUAAAGAAGGAGGGAGAGUUGUGGGUGGGAGCUGUAACUUUAGGUAUGAGAUUUACCCUUUUGUUAAGACUGCUUGAUUAGAGGUCCAAGUUAAAAGGGGGUCCAAUGCCAAACACGGUCUUAAUUUGUGAUUAUUGUCAAUGUGAUAUGUAUUGUAUGUUGUUGUUUGUAUAAUGUGUUGAGCCAGUAAAAUGUAAUCUUCUCUUUGUGGGUUAUUUGUACGAUAGACACGAUUAUAGAGGCUUGACUCCUAUAAAUAAAAACAUUCCCUUUGCCAAAUAUUUUCUAGACUUGAAC